AUGUCGGAACCUCGCAAAACCCGCGCUGCAGCUUUGAAAGCUACGGCUUCAAUGAUGCCACAUCUCGGCAUCACCAAAAACACUGAUCCCUCGACCACCAAGAAGGCCGCCAAUAUGAAGACUCUGAGAGCGAAGACGAAUGGGAUCAAAAAGCCCACCACUCGAGGAAAUGCAGAGCUCACAGGCCGCAAGACAUUGGCCGUGGCGAAGAAGGCAACCAAAACAGCCAAGAAGAAGAAGAAGGAAGCACGCGUGAAGGCAACGAAGAAAGCAAAGACGACUGUUCUCAAGCAAGUUGCCGAUGAGGAAUUGCCUCACAAUGUGGGGCCCAAGGCGGCCCCUUUACCUGCAGCUACGUCCGCUGGCUCUGACAACGAAAACAAACCUCUCAGUGAUGCAACUGUCACCAAACCUGCUCCAGACUUGUCUCCCAAUGCCGACGCCAUUGCUGAUACUAUUCUUGACUCCAUUGUUGACCCCACCGUUAAUGCCGCUUCCGCAAGCAAAGCAGCAUCCAAUACUCCGAAGAAACCAGCAGUCAAGAAUUACGCCCUUACACCCGGUGUUACCCCUUUCCCAUCUUGGCCCCACCCAACACCCGAGGAAUGUGAAGAAGUUAACAAACUUCUUUCUAAUGUCCAUGGAGUUGUCACUGCCCCCAAAGUAAUCCCACCUCCUUCUCUUACUGUUACUGGGUGUGGAGAAGUUCCAUCAGUGCUCGAUGCCGUCAUUCGUACUCUUCUCAGCGGAGCCACCACAACCACCAACGCUAGCAGAGCAUUCGAAGGUCUUGUCAAGCGUUUCGGCAUUCUCAAGGAAGGGAUUGGCGCUGGAAGUGUGAACUGGGACGCUGUUCGCCGAGCGUCACUGAAGGAAGUUUUCGAGGCUAUCAAAAGCGGUGGGCUCGCGGAUAUCAAAAGCCAGCGCCUGAAGGCGAUUUUAGACCUGGUCUACGAAGACAGCCGACAGCGCCUCGGCCUUGCCGCAACUGAAGAUGGCUCUGCAGCCCCAGUCGACGAAGGCCUCAAGAUGUCCGAAACUAAUGUGGAAGCAUACAAUAAAACCCAUGUUACUAAGUCUACUUCACUCGGUAAUGAUGGAGCCUGGAUGUCUACUCAAUCCGAAGUCACGCCCUCUGUCACGAACACGAACAGCACUGGUGACUCCAAUGUCGCGGAAGGAAAGUCACAGGAAUCCAAGGAUCAUGAAAAUUUUACCCAUAUCUCCCCCGCCAAUGAUGAAGACCCAGUGCCCGCCAUGAAGGCGGAGGAUGAUAUGAAAUCCAAAGUCGUCACUCCCGCAGGCUCCACUAACAAGGCACUCAAGAUGCCCUCGGAAUUCGAUCUAGCCUGCGCGGAACAGAACAUCUUGUCCCUGAAUCAUCUCCAUAGUCUUUCUUCCGAAGACGCCAUGAUGGAACUAAUGAAAUACCCCGGCAUUGGUCCCAAGACCGCAGCCUGCGUCCUCCUCUUCUGCCUCCAACGUCCCUGCUUCGCAGUCGACACCCACAUCUUCCGACUCUCCAAAUGGCUCGGCUGGGUUCCAGACACAAAGGUAAACGAGAUAACCGCCUUCAGCCAUCUAGAAGUCCGAAUCCCAAACCAUCUAAAGUACUCCCUCCAUCAACUCUUAAUUCGCCAUGGAAAAGAUUGUCCUCGUUGCCGCGCCGCAACCGGAGAUAGAGCUGAAGGCUGGGAAGAUGGAUGUGUCAUUGACCAUCUGGUGACACGAACCGGCAAACGCAAGGGAGUCAUCUCUACCAGCAAGACUGCCAAGAAGACCAAAACCAAGGCCAAGACCAAGGCAAACGCAAAGGCAGAGCUUGCAUCCCAAAAGCGAAAGAAGACCACCACCCGUUCUGCUCCUGCUAAGAAGCAGAAGACCGCAGACCCGGAGGCGAGCGAUGAAGAAUAUUCUGAGAUGAGUGACAGGGCUCUUGAUGAUAUUUCCGACUGA